AUGGGUGAAUCAGUUUCACUCAGUGCUUACCCACUAGUCACACUCCACAGUAUUGCCGCAAGAGCUGGACUUGAAGUGGGCGAUAUCGUUGUCAGGAUCUGUGAUUCGACAGUUCAAAACAUGUACCAUUCUCAAGUCAAAGCGGAGAUUCUUCGAGCUGGAAAUGAACUCGACUUUAUGGUUGUCAAGCAGGGUAUCGACAAGGAGAUACUUGCACAAAGGGCUCCAAACCUCCUACGAACACCACUUCCAUCACCUGGGCCUCCAAUGAAUCAAAGUCCGGUUGUGAAAACCACUGGUACAUGGUCGAGAGGAAGGUCAAAUAGUGCCAGUUACAAUGAUAAAGUUACUCGCACUCGCUCCUUUAAACUUCUCGAUGAACAUCUCAAUGCGAUGAGCUCUCAGCCUAUGAUGACUCCUAAAAUGUCACCUUCCAGACCGGCUGAUAUCUUUUCGCCGACACGAAGCUAUUAUAACGACAAUCCAACGUCGGCAAGCUCCACGAUGGGCCGCACCUAUCAAGCUACUCACUCAGCAAACUAUAGUGGAAUGAACCAAACUAAUUACUCAAAUACCUACUCACCGGGAACAGGUCAUACUGUCUACAUCCAAAAGGCUCAACCUCUUUCUGAAAUCAGCGCAAAUCGGAUGUAUAUUGCAACACCGGCCGCAACUAAUCAAACGUGGAGAAACGCAAGUCCAACUCGUGUCUAUUAUGAUUCCACGCCAAGAUCGGCCCGAUCGAAUAACUGGAGUGGGUUAAAUCAACAGAUGAAUUACUACGAGAGUAGGAAUAGCAUUGAGCGUUCGAGCGCGGACGAUCCAGGACUGAUGACCCAGUACUAUGGAACUCAGAAAACGAGUUACUUGAGGCAUCAUCCGCAUAGGCAAAUUAGAGAGAAUGAGACGAUUCACCAGCAGAGCUUGUAUCAGAGCAGUACCACAAAUGGAUGGCCAAAUCUUUCUCCAAGACAGUCUAUACCAACUAACAUAGCCACCUACCGUCCUCCUGCUCAACAAAAUUACUUUUCAUCAUCUUCAAAUUAUCAGGAUCAUGAACAAUGGUCAACCUCUGGAUCCGUUCAGGCGCAAAAUGCAGGAUGGUUGUAA